GUCAGCGAUGUGCUCGAGAAAUACGUGGGUGCGGUGAAAGACAAAACGCAGCAGAUGAACGAGAAAAUGAAAAUGCUGGAAGCAGAGCACAGUUCGGCGUGCCAAAAACAGUGCAGUUUUUCGCAGUCGUCAAAUGACGAUGCGGUUGCGAUUGCUGAGGCCUGGAAUACAGUGAAAGCUGAAACGGCCGAGAAAAUCACCAUGCAGAAUGAGAACGUUGCGAAGACAUGCGAACAAAUCCACUCGUUCUGCGCCGAUUUGGAAGGCUUCGCACGGUCGAUGCAUUCACAGGUGGAGCAUGGAACAGAUUUCGUCAAAGGGGCAGCCAACCGUCAGAUGGACUACAGUGAGCAAGCAUCAUCGUGGUUAAUGGAGGAAAUGCUUAAUGCGGAUCUCAAAACCAAGAAAUUGGUCGAAAAUGACACUGUACGUGUGUCCAGUACAGGUGAAACGCCGAAACGAGUGGAGAACAGGAUUGCGCCAGAGCCAAGUAAAAUUCCAAAUGCGAAUGAAUUACUAAAAGAAGGCAAACAGAAAGAAGCUCCACGAAGGUUAAGUCAGUUCAGGUCACGUGAUUCAAUACUGGAAAAAUCAUUUGUUGUUCUGUCACCAGAUGCUCUUAAAGGAACGUUGAGAAGUGAGCUGGAUGACAUUAAUGAGACAUCUGAAAAUACCGGAGGCGAUGUUGCGGAAUCGACGCAAAACGGCCAAACAGUGAACAUUACAAAAAGACGUCGUACACCGCGCAACCGAAAUUCGUGA